AUGUCUACUUCACAACUAUCAAAUGACCGGGCUACGCCCAGUAGCUCCGAAGCGCCUGAUCGCGUCGAACUUGAAAAGCCAACCCCAAAAUUCCCAGAGGGCGGCCUCCGAGCUUGGAUGGUGGUUUUAGGUGCAUUUUGUGUGUCUUUCUCGACUUUCGGAUACAUGAACGCUUUCGGAGUCUAUCAGGAUUACUACACAGAGCACUUUCUCUCCAACGAGACUUCAUCCACUAUUUCUUGGAUUGGAUCUGUUCAGGUCUGCUUUCUCUUCGCUGGUAGCCUUAUCGGUGGGCCAUUGUUCGACCGGUACGGCGCUGUGGUCAUUCAUAUACCUGCGGUCGCUAUCGUAUUUUCAGUGAUGAUGACAUCUCUGUGCAAGAAGUAUUAUCAAUUCAUGCUUGCUCAAGGCGUCUUGGGUGGGAUUGCUUCCGGCAUGCUAUUUGCCCCCGUCAUGACAUGUGUGAGCCACUAUUUCCAUACUCGACGUGCUGCAGCCCUUGGUGUGACAGUCUCUGGGUCUUCCAUCGGGGGAGUUAUAUUUCCUAUUGCCUUGAGCAAGAUGCUGAGAAACGAAUCCUUGGGGUUCGGAUGGUCCGUCCGAAUUGUGGGGUUCAUCAUCUUGUUCAUGGUAUUGAUAGCGAUGAUAACUGUAAGAGAGCGACUUCCUCCUCGUAGCGGCAAAGUUCUCUUGCCGAGAGCUUUUGCUCGCGCUCCUUACACCCUCGUCACACUCGGUAUCUUCUUCAUGAUGUGGGGACUUUUCACUCCAUUCUUCUAUCUUCCGCAAUAUGCCCAGUCUUAUGGCAUGGAAUCACAGCUUGCGUCCUACCUUUUAUCCAUCCUCAAUGCUGCCUCCGUUUUCGGCAGAAUAUUACCGGGCAUGGUUGCGGAUAAGAUUGGUCGCUACAAUAUCUUGAUCAUCACCGGUGUCUGCUCGGGCAUUCUACUUCUGUGCUGGAUCGCGACAACUUCAAAUGCGUCAAUCAUUGUCUUUGCGGGGCUCUAUGGUUUCUUUUCGGGCGGGAUUGUGUCGCUGAUGUCUCCUUGUAUUGCUCAAGUCACGCCGAGUCCGGACCAGAUUGGUACUCAUCUCGGCAUGUCAAUGGCCAUUAUUGCCCUUGCUGGUCUGACCGGGACCCCGAUAUGCGGUGCAUUGCUAGAAAGAUACGGAGGAUACACACAGGCCGCAGUUUUUAGUGGUGUCGUGAUGUUUUUCGGAUCUGUGCUUGUCGCCGCGGCGAGGUUUUGUCUGCAGGCAAAGCCCUUGGCAAUUGUGUGA